UCUUCGGAAUGACAACAAAUGGGAAAAUACACUCCCGAUGGGGAAAAUAGCAACAACCAAUACUGGAUAACACCAAUUACCUCUAAACUAAAGAAAGGUAUUACAAAACAGCACCAAGAACUAGAUUGAUAUGCUAAUAUUAAAAAAAAAUAAAAAAAAAACAUGAUGCUUAAAAAAAAAAAACAUGAUGCUUCAAUCUGGAUAAAAUCCUAAACUGGGGGUAUUUUGAGUGAAAAUGUAUGAGUUUUGAUUAUCCGUUCCACUCAACAAGGAUAUAAAAUUACAUGACCGGGACUCUUAAAAUUUCAGGAAAAGGCAUUAUAGCCCACUUCAUUUCUUUUUCUUUUUAAUUCUCCCACACAAUAAAUGAAUGGUUGCUGUUUUGCCCGGUGAACUAAAGUAAGCUUUUCUCUAUGCGGUUUCAAAGAUGACUUUUUUAGAACUUAACAAUAAGAGUUACAAUGGAAACGACUCAAGAGACGCGGUCAACCAAUCUUUUUUGCUUAACCUUUUUGCGAACGACAGCAACACCAACUCAACCAAGCUGUCCCUGGACCCUCGAGCCAUUGGUAUCGGGAUCUUUCUUGCUGUUUUUAUCUUAUUUGCGAUUGUGGGAAACAUCUUAGUAAUACUUUCAGUUAUUUGUAAUAGACACUUACAAACUGUAACGAAUUAUUUCAUCAUUAACCUAGCCAUUGCAGAUUUACUGCUGAGCACUAUUGUGCUGCCGUUCUCUGCAUCUUUGGAAGUCUUGGGGUUCUGGGCAUUCGGCAGGAUUUUCUGCAACAUCUGGGCAGCUGUUGAUGUGCUUUGCUGCACCGCCAGUAUAAUGAGCCUGUGCAUAAUUUCAGUAGACAGAUACAUAGGAGUAAAAUAUUCUCUGAAAUACCCGACUAUUAUGACUGAGAAGAAAGCGGUGGUUAUCCUGAUUGUGGUCUGGGUGUCGUCUAUGGUUAUCUCAAUCGGGCCGCUUUUAGGAUGGAAGGAGCCCCCGCCUUCAGACGAGAGCGUCUGCAGCAUCACCGAAGAGCCGGGCUAUGCGCUCUUCUCGUCUUUGUUUUCAUUCUACCUCCCGUUGAUGGUCAUCCUGGUGAUGUAUUUCAGGAUCUACGUUGUAGCCAGGAGGACCACCAAAAGCCUGGAGGCAGGGGUAAAACGGGAAAGGAACAAGUCAAAGGAAGUUGUUCUUCGGAUCCACUGUAGAAGCGUCCUGGAGGAUACAGCUGCUAGCUCCAAGAGUAAAAACCACCCCUUCCGAAGUUCGCUCUCCGUGCGCCUUCUGAAAUUUUCAAGGGAAAAAAAAGCUGCUAAGACCUUGGCGAUUGUGGUCGGGGUUUUCAUUCUCUGCUGGUUGCCUUUUUUCUUUGUAUUGCCAUUUGGUUCUUUCUUCCCAGCUCUGAAGCCAUCUGAAAUGGUAUUCAAGGUGAUCUUCUGGUUGGGCUACUUCAACAGCUGUGUCAACCCUAUCAUUUACCCCUGCUUCAGCAAAGAGUUUAAGAGAGCUUUCAUAAGACUUCUCAAGUGUCAGUGCCAGAGGAGGAGACGUCCCUUGUGGCGAUUCUACGACCAAAGGUGGAGAACAUUUGCGAACAGCUCGGGGAGAGGCUCCUGUGGUGACAUCAAGCCCAGAUUCUCUCCCAACGAUUCUUUCUCACUUAAUAACUCUUUCAUGUACAACAGCAAGAGAAGAACUCUUAGCCUUCAGGGGUGGAAGCUCUUCCCCCCUUUUCGGAAGUCGUCUUUCCAGCUGAAGGAAAAGAUGAACAGUCUGUCAAACAAGAUUAAGAUGGGGCCUAGCAAAAGCAAUGUGCCCAGCCUCAGCAAGGCCGAAAUCGAGUCUGUUUCGAUGGGAAUCUGCAGUGACUUUGCAGAGCAGAAUGACUAUCAAAUAUAUGAUCUAUCUGACUGCUAUGUGUUCAAAGAAACUGAUAUCUAGCAAGCCAAAUCUCUAUGUAUAUAUUUAACAUUUUUGAAAGGAAGAUUGAGAUAAACAAACAAGCGGAGAAUCACUCACAGGCACUCAACAACAGUUUAGACCUUUCCUAUUUGAGGCCUGCAUGGGUUUGGUUUAUACCGGUAGUAAACUAUAAAGUGGGACCACAUUUAAGCUCAAACUAGGCUUUAUGUCAAACAUUAACAUUUAUGAACACCUUACUCAUUUCAUGUAAGAUGUGAGGGAAUUGAGUAUGCUUUUUUUCCACUCAAGUUCUUACAUUUUUUUGUGUGUAGAUUUUAGCAAACUAAACUGCAUUCCAGUUUUAUGGAAUACUUGAGGGGGACAAUAGUUUUAUGAAGAAAAAUGUACCAAGGUCUUGUGAACACUAAAAUAGGUGAACCCCAUACAGAACCAUUAUUGGUUUGGAAGGAGAAAAAGUUAAGAAUGGGUAUGUUUACAAUGACUUUUUUGGACCCAUAAUGGAAUAUAGUGCUGUCAUCACACCUUUGCUUUACUAUUAUUUUUCUAAAUAUUUAAGGAAUGGUACACCGUUAUGGGGCUAUUUUGGCUUGAUUAGAUUUGUACCUUGUUAGACAUGACAUUGGGAGCUAGAUUUGUGUUGGGCAACAUUUACGUAUGAGAGGAUUGCUUAACCCUCAGCUAAUAAGUUACCACCAGUGUCUUGUUAGUGUGUUUUAGUGUAUUAUUUUGGACAAAGUAUACUUAAAGUAUACUACAUUUAUAAGGUUGUGUUUGAGCAGUUAACAUCCUGUUGGGUACUUUAAUUGACAGUAAUGCAGGGGUUUCUGUAUCCCGGUCCCCAGUCUGGUUUAUUGGGAAAUUCCAAAGCUAUGUACUACUUGCCUCAUCCAGCAGGUGUCACUGGUAUGCUGUUGUCUUUUUUCUGUGUUUAACACAAUUAUUUAAUGGAUUGUACCUGUCAGGCAUGCCAUUCACCCUAUAGUUCUUAAAUGUGCAGUUUUGAAAGAAAUGCAUGGUAUUGCAAACAUGUACAGAUGAACCUGUUUUAUAUCACCUCUCUUUAUAUCAUGCCCCGUUUUAUUAUUUCGUUUUUUCAAAAACCACUAGCCAUGCACCACAGGUUAUUUGAGAAAUUACCUCACUUAAUAUAAUCUCACAAAUCCACUUAUUGUCACAUUUUGUGCACCCUGUCAAAUGCUGCAUGGGCUGGGGUUAACAGGAUACAGUUCAGUUACAAAACACCAACUU